CUCCUCGACGCGGCCAGCAACAACGAAACAGUAUGGUCAUCCAACUCCUCGUCCUCGGCCGCGACCGCGGCGGUCGCGCAGCUCGACGACAGCGGCAACCUCGUGCUCGCGGACGAUGCCGGCGCCGUGGUGUGGCAGAGCUUCGAGCACCCGACCAACACGUUCGUCCCGGAGAUGCGGAUCGGGGAGAGCAUCAAGACCGGGGCCGUGUGGUCCCUCUCGUCGUGGCGCGGCGCCGACGACCCGUCAGCCGGCGACUUCCGCUUCGUGAUGGACACGCGGGGCUCGCCGGAGUUCCACGCCUGGAGGAAGGGACGCAAGACGUACCGGACCGGACCGUGGAACGGGGUGCGGUUCAGCGGCAUACCGGAGAUGGGGACCUACAAGGGCAUGUUCGAGUUCCAGUUCACCGACACCGUCGACGAGGUCUCCUACAUGUACCACGCCUACGCCGGCUCGCCGCCGUCCCGCGUGUUCCUGGACGAGUCCGGCGUGAUACAUCGCAUGGUCUGGGACCGCGCCUUGGGCGCGUGGAACGUCUUCUGGUCGGGGCCGAGGGACCAGUGCGACAGCUACGGCGCGUGCGGCGCGUUCGGCGUGUGCAGCGUGGUGGACGCCCUGAUGUGCGGCUGCAUCAGUGGGUUCCGGCCAAGGUCGCCGGCGGAGUGGCGCAUGCGGAACCCCUCCGGCGGGUGCGUCCGCAGCACGCCGCUGCAGUGCGAGGGCGGCGGUGCGGACGGUUUCUACACCCUGCGCGGCGUGAAGCUGCCGGAGACGCACGGGAGCAGCGUGGACAACGGCGCCUCGCUCGAGGAGUGCGGCUGGCGGUGCCUGCGCAACUGCUUCUGCACAGCGUACGCCGCGUCGGACAUCCGCGGUGGAGGGAGCGGGUGCAUCCAGUGGUUCGCCGAGCUGAUGGACACGCGGUUCCUCAACGGCGGGCAGGAUCUCUUCGUCAGGCUGGCAACGUCCGACCUAGACACUACGCCAAAGCCAGCCAAGACUAGGAAGUUUGCCGCGAUUAUCACAACAGUGAUAAUAGGAGUUCUGUUGCUUUUGCUAUUGCCUGGCUUCCUGAUUUGGAGAAAGGUCCGACACAACAAGGAAGAUACCAUGUUUGAUGACAUCAUGAGAGGUGAAUGUCCGAUGUACGAUUUCGAAACCAUCAGAGCCGCCACCGGUGGAUUCUGUCCCGAGAAAGAAAUUGGGCGUGGUGGCUUCGGCAUUGUUUACAAGGGUCAAAUGCAAGAUGGCCAGGAAAUUGCAGUGAAGAAGUUGUCAACUGACAACAGAGUGCAAGGCCUGAAAGAGUUCAAGAAUGAGGUGGACCUCAUUGCCAGGCUGCAACAUCGCAACCUUGUACGCCUGCUUGGCUGCUGCAUCCAUUGCUCUGACAGGAUACUCGUCUACGAGUACAUGAGUAACAAGAGCUUGGACAACUUCAUCUUUGAUCUGAGGAGAUGUGCCACUUUGAGCUGGAAGACAAGGAUGGACAUCAUCCUUGGCGUUGCCAGAGGGCUUCUCUACCUUCACCAGGACUCGAGGCACACUAUGAUCCACCGAGAUCUCAAGGCGGCCAAUGUUCUCCUUAAUGGAGAGAUGGUCGCCAAGAUAUCGGAUUUCGGAAUCGCAAAGCUGUUCAGCAGCAUCAGCGACAACCAGGAUUCUACCGUCACGGAAAGAAUUGUUGGGACAUAUGGUUACAUGGCACCGGAGUACGCCAUGGACGGCAUGGUAUCAUUCAUGCAGGAUGUGUACAGCUUUGGUGUGUUGUUGCUGGAGAUCGUCAGUGGGAGGAGGAACCAACGAAAUUUCAACCUCAUAGCUCAUGCAUGGAAGCUAUUUGAAGAAAACAAAAGCCUCAAGCUCCUUGACCCAACUGUGCGCGAUGACUGCAACCCGGCGGAGCUAGAGCAGGCGGCGACAUGCAUCCAGGUAGGGUUGUUGUGCGUCCAAGAGAGCCCGAGCCAACGGCCGCAAAUGGCUGUUGUGAUCCCCAUGCUGUCACAGCAACAGGUGCCGGGGCGGCCAUUUCGACCGGUCGUCUGCAUGCCAGCGAGCACUCCUGCCGACCUUCUCGACGUACAGGAGGACACGUCUGGCAACUUCCAGAUGAUCAUUACGGAACUUGAAGGCCGGUAGGUAGAAUGCAUGGAUGGACGAAUGCAUGUAAAGCUGGAACGGAAGAUUGAAGACAUUACUGAUGACUUUCUAAAUGUAAUCGGGUAGCAGGUGCAUGCAGUCAGUGGCAUGGAUCUACAAAAGUGUGAGCUCGUAAUCUGUAAAAUAGCACCUAUUAAUUCACCGUGAUUGAUACCAAAUUUAAA